AUGUCAUUUGUUGCAGUCAAUGAAACUACAGCUAUCGUUUUUGGCGGAGAGACUUUUAUUAACAAUUCAAAUGCUGCUGCCUUAAAUGAAACAUGGAUAAUGCACCUUCGCCCAAUGCUACAGUGGAGACAAGCUACCGGAGAUACAGCCUAUUCUGUUCGACCUAGCGCACGCUUUAAUCACGCUGUGGUCAUAAUGGAGUCUAAAAUGUAUGUAUUUGGUGGAAAAGAUGCUUCAAAAACAUGUCUAAAUGAUCUCUGGGUGUUUGAUGUUACCAAAGAAAGAUGGUCAGAAUUGAGAGCUGACAAUAGAGGACCUAAUCUUUCGAAUGCUUCUGUAUGUGAAUAUUCUGCCGCUUCAACACCAGGUCAACUAUUAGUCACUGUAAAGUAUGUGUACACCCCAUAUGCAAGUCACAGUUACAAAAAGGACCGACUAGAAACAUGGAUGUUUAUUGUACACGUCAAAAUGUGGUACCUUAUUGCACCUUUUAAAGUCAACCAAUAUUCAAAACAUUUGAUCAACGGAAUGUUACUAAAAUCCUUUUAUUGGAAAAGAUUUCUUAUCAUGUAUGACAUUUUGGACAUUGAUAUCAGAUAUUUAGCAGUCAGAUGUCCAGCUGGAUUUUCCUCUUCUAAUAUUUCUGAGCGACCUUGUCAUUUUUGUAGACAAGGAUUUUACAGAGAGACACUGUUUGCUAAUCCAGAUUGUGUCCAGUGUCCAAACGGUUUAACGACCGUUAACAUUGGAGCUCGCAAAAUCUCAGAGUGCAGUCUGUGCGAUGUCGAUCGUUGCAAAUACGGCAAGAAUAGCGAGCGUGCUUGGCGAGAUGAAGUAACAGUGUUAACCAAUGCAUGGCAAAUAGAUGAAGAUGAAGUAACGUCAGGAGAACUACUUGGAUCUGGUGCAUCUGGGUCUGUCUACAAAGCUUUCUACAGAAAUAUCACUGUAGCUGUAAAGAAAAUGGUGGCUGUCGGUUUUCCCAAGUCUAUAGAAGACUUCGAAACAGAAAUAAUGUUUAUGAGAUCAGUAAGACACAAGAAUAUCGUUCUCUUCAUCGGUGCAGGAAAGUCACAACCUGGAGACGUUCCUUUUCUUGUCAUGGAAUAUAUGGAGCGAGGAUCUCUAAGAAAUGUACUAUACGAUUUAUCGAUUGAUAUCGACUAUGAACGUAAGCUAUCAUUUGCCAUGGACUCAGCAAGAGGUAUGCAUUUUCUUCACACAUUGGAACCGCCUCGAAUACAUCGAGAUCUGAAAAGCGAUAAUCUUCUGGUAAGCAGAGACUGGAUUGUUAAAGUGGCUGAUUUCGGUUUAGGUAGGGCUGUUAACGUUAACACCAGAAGAAUCAACGGGCAACGGAUUAAGUGGCGAUAUCGCUCAGAUCCCCAACAUAUUUCUCUACUUCCAAAACGAGAUGGCUUGUCUUAUGUAGGUGUUGGAACCGCGAGAUGGCGAGCUCCAGAAUUGACUCUUCGAGAACCAUACGAUACCGCAGUAGACGUUUACAGUUUUGGAAUUGUGCUGUGGGAAGUCUGGACAAGACUACUUCCAUUCGGUCAAUACAGAUUCGAUUAUCAAGUCACCGACGCCGUCAUCGCUAACGAAAGACCUGUGAUUCCUCGAGAUUUUCCACAGCCGUUAACCAUGAUUAUAAAGAACUGCUGGUCACCCAGACCAUCAGACAGACCUUCAUUCGGUCAAGUUAUUUUGCAACUUGAAUCUCUCGAGAGCAUCUAA